AGGCGCCGGAAAGAAAGGCACUUGGGCAGCUCUUCAAGCUGAGCUGGCUGAUCGCUCGGGUUCUUGUGUUGGCUUGUCAAGCGCUUUUGGAUGUUUUGAUAGAAGAGGGAAGACACGUAGUUUUUUGCACAGUCCUCUGAAUUACGUAACUGUCAAAGCAACAUUUUGAAGAUCCAAACUGACGACAUGGAUUCCGCCAAUCAAGACAUCAAUCUGAACUCUCCACAUAAAGGCCUGGGCUCUGACUCUCUCUCGGACGUUCCUGAAGAAAGGGGAGCAGCAGCUGUGAGUCCAGAGACUCUUCCCCCAGGUCUGACAGAGGAGGAGGCCGAGGAACUGAGACUGGAGCUCACCAAGGUUGAGGAGGAGAUCCACACCUUGCGGCAGGUGCUGUCGGCUAAAGAGCGCCAUUCGGCGGAGCUGAAGCGGAAACUGGGACUCAGCCCCCUGAGCGAGUUCAAACAGAACAUCACUAAAAGCUGGCAGGACGUCCAGACCUCAAACGCCUAUGUGAAGAUGUCAGAGAAACUGGGCCAGUGGAAUGACAAGGUUACAGGGUGCGAUGUCUAUGUUUCAGCUUCUUCCACUCUGGAUGACAUUACCAGCUCUGAAGUGUAUAAAAAGACUCAGGAAACGCUGUCUCAGGCUGGACAGAAGACCUCAGCCGCCCUCUCCACCGUUGGCACGGCCAUCAGCAGGAAACUGGGUGACAUGAGAGCUCUUCCUUUCUCUAACUCCUUUGGUAGCAACUACUCCAUUCGCCAUUCAAUAAGUAUGCCAACUAUGAGGAACUCUCCAACCUUCAAAUCGUUUGAGGACAAAGUUGGAAACAUCAAGUAUAAGGUGGUUGGAGGGAAAGCAAAUGGGGAAAGUGCUCACUCUCCGAACGAGUCAAACCCAGUGCAGGACAACGCUCCAUUCUGAGAGCCCACCCUCUCCAUUCAAACACUCAUCUCAUUUCUUUGUGAAUCCUGAAUCCUGACUACACCCACACUUCAGUUCUCCCAAUCCUUCCGUUCUCUAUGAAUUCUUUCAUCCCUCCUUUGAUACUCCUCCACCUACUGCUAGCAUGUGCUUGCUCAUCUCACUAAAAAAAACACGCAUAGUACAAGUUCUGUGACAUGAAAUCAUCACAGGUUGUACAAAGGAAGAAAAAUGUUGAAUCAUUUUGUAUUAGAAACUAUUUUACACUGCUUUGCAUAAUGUUUUUACAUAACUUUUAUCUAUAUAUGACUAUAAAGGAAUACAAAUAACUAUAUUUAAUCAGUACUGCCAAGCAGCAUUCAUCAGAUGGCAGAGGGGUACAAAACACAAAGAAGAAACAUUCAAAUCUGAAGGGGGGGGGGAGAGGAUUCUAGGCCAAUAACGAAAAGAACAGAAACUUGCUGCAGGUUCCUAUGCUGCUGAGCAUUCAGUUGAGUUCUUUUUUACUCUCAGUACAAUGUGAAGCGAGGCUUUGCUGUACACCUGGUGAAUGUCUGACCUCCUCAGUCGGCCUUACACACACUCACUCUGUAUUGCUUUAUUGGACUUUCGCUGGUAAAGUUUUUUUUGGCGUUAUAUCCUCUUUUACCUUUGCUCUUUCUUGCUCUUGUUCGUUAUUAUUAUUGUUAUUUUUUGAUUGAUUAAUGGGAAUGUUUUAUUUAUGUUGGAAAUCACUUGCCUUUGCUUUGUGCCAUGCUGUGAGUGCCAGUUAGUAGAUGUCAUAGACCCUUUUCUGUCAGAAUGUUUCACACGCACACAAACUAUCACAUCACAAAGAUCACUUUGUUCAAUUGUAAGAAAUAAAAAUGCAAUUG